AAUAAAAUGUACCAACAUAUAAAAGUGUUCCAAUAAAUUAUAUUUUAUAAUUUUAUAUUGCAAAAAAAAAUUAGAUAGAACUAACAAGGCAACUUUAGAACGUAUUUCAAAUUUAAAUUAGUAAAAAAGAAUUGUGUAUUUUUUUUCUUAACAAAUGACGAAGCAAUCAAAAGGCGGUGAUGUCAUACAGCCGUAACCCUUCCUGUGUCAUAGAUAGUUAAUUUGUACAGCCCAAAAAUAAAAUGGCGAACGUUACGAAAGUUUUAGCAACAAUUAAAGCUGUUAUAACGAGAUUAGUGUUCGCCUGCCACGGCAUUAUAGCGAUAUGGCAGGUCACAGAAUUCAAGAACAGCUUGGAAUAUUGGUACUUGGCAUCACCUAUUUUGUUGCUGAUUUUCGAGGGGGUCUUUACUUUGACCAUAAAAGAGAACCAGGAGUGGAAAUGGUUCUGUCCAUCGGUGUUCAUCUACCUAGGAUUAGUUGUGCCAGCCAUCUGGCUGCUAGAGCUUCACAAAGUUGACAUCCGUUUGGCAAACAAGAAUAGUCUUCAAAAUACGUCUUUAGAGAUUGAAAUCGUAAUACCUGGGGCGACGAAGAUCCCCACAGACAUGUGGGUGACUCUCAUCGAGCAAUUCCUCAUGCUGACCCUCAUCGUUGGAAGGUGGCUACUGCCGAAGGGAGAUCUCACCAGAGACCAGUUGAGCCAACUCUUGCUCGUCUACAUUGGUACAGCAGCGGACAUCAUCGAAUUCUUCGACUCGUUCAAGGACGAGAAGGUCGCCACCGAGAAGGUGCUGGUACUCCUCACGCUGGCCAUCUGGUCGUGGUCCCUCGUGCAGUUCACGGUGGUGCUCACCGCCACCAAAUCGAGAAAGUCCAGGGGUGCGGCAAAUAGGUCUGAAAUGAACAGCCGAGCUUGCUGCUGUUCCAUUGAAGUGUGCGCCAUCAUAAUGAAUAUCGCGUUGCAGGACGCGCCGUUCCUUGCGUUUCGAUUGCUUAUCAUAUGUCAUUACAAGAUCGUUAACUACAUGAACAUAUUCUUCACAUGUAAAAACACAUUGGUGAUAUUGUUACAAAUAUAUAGACUAUACGUGCUGCAUCUGGAGACAGUGGACGAGGGCAACGGAGGCUCAGUGUACAGGAAGAGUCGCAGGCAUAAAUCUAGCGAUAGGAAAGAGAAGAACAAGAAACACCACGACAAGAAGAAACAUCAUAAGUCGAAGAAACACAAAAAUCAUGAAAUUGCCGAAACGUCAAUAGCAAUGAUCAGUGAUCCUAGACGCCAUGACAAGGGCGACGGUGGCCGAAUCAGGGCAAUAAUCCUGACGAAUUCUGAUGAGAUCAGAGAGCUGGAACUGUCUACGCUUUUCAAGGAUCAAGUGUCGACAGAGAACGAGAAGAAAAAGGGGACCAAAAAGAAACAAAAGUCGGAAUCAUCAGAGGAGUCGUUGAAUAACGUUCAUCAUACGACCGACGAUUCGGGUAUUUGACAUCAUCGUGUUCGCCGGGACAGCCCCAAACGCAGUCCCAAACAUAAAGACAAGUAUGAAAGCAAGAGGAAAGAUAAGAAGAGCAAGAGGAAAAAGGACAGCACCGAGAGUGAUAGUGAUAGCUCGAGUUGAACAUGGCAUUUUGUAAGAUGGUUCUUUGUCUAAAAAAAUAUGGGUUUAUAACGGUGCGUAAUAGGAGUCAAGUAUGGCAGUAUAACAGUGCAGAUUGGUUCCUUUGUCUGAAAAAAAAAAGUGUUUCCGUAAUGGCGAAUUGGCGGGUAAGCAUGCAAAAAUGGAAAUUUUGGAUUUCGAAUGAAGUUUAUGUUCACAAAUUGCACAAAAUAAUGAUUGUUACGUUAUUUAUUAUUUAUUAAUAAGGAAGUAUAUAUUUAUAUAGAAACAACAAAUAUGUAUUAUAUAUAAUUAUGAAACAAAUAAAAUUAUAUAUAAUUUAAAAUUGACACCCAUUUAAAAGUAUUUUACGCGCCAUACGAAUGGCCCGUUUACACUUUGAUUAGUAGUACAGACAGUGCUUCGUGCUUAGAGUCACAAAAGUGUUUAGUAUUUACGAUACCUUUUUUUUCUACAGUCUUAGCUGCGAUAAGUAAUAUGGGUUAACAAAACUUUAACCUUUAUUAAUUUGAUUGACAUUCUUCUAGAAUUUAGACAUUGGUAUUCAUACGUGUCUAAAGUAAGGGACGAAUCCUUAUUACAAGCUCUAAAGGUACGGAAAUGAUUAUUAGAAAAAGAACAAAGUUAAGACCUCUUUCAAUAAAGAUCAAUAAAGGUGUUGAUUCACGGAUUUCACUACGCUAAAUAUUUUACUAGUCAAAGUGUUCAUCAUAUUACUGUUCAAGUAGGUCAUGAGCUAAUUGUUUGGUAAGUGGAUUUUGGAUUAAAAAAGAAACUAUUUUUGUGAUUGUAAAAACGGAUAUAUAUUUUACUAUUUAGUA